CUCUUGUUAUUGUUGGAUACGUUGGUCAGCUGGUUUCCCAGAGAUGUGCUGACGAGUGUGUUGAUCCACCUUCCACAGAGUGACAGCACUACUCUGGUCAUGUGGAAGAGUGUGCUUUCCUCCACGUGGUCAUCAGAGAGAAUCAUAGAAGUGCUAUACGUUGUGCUCAAGAUGGACGUUCUGUGCAGGAUACCCAUAGAAGAGUUGGACCUCCUUCGCCUGACUGUGCCACAGAUUCUUGAGUCCAUCCAUAGAAACCUGAGAAGAAGGCUUGCGUCACUUCAGCAGACUCUCUUCUCAUUGCUGGAUAUGCUGACCAGCCUCUUUCCCAGAGAUGUGCUGAUGAGUGUGUUGAUCCACCUUCCUCAGAGUGACAGCACUACUCUGGACAUGUGGAAGAGAAUGCUUGCCCCAACAGCGACUUCAGAGAAGCUCUUGGAAGCACUGUGCAGUGUUCUUCAGGACCAACUGCUGUGCAUGAUCUUUAACAUCACUGCAGUGGAUUUUAGCCUCCUCCGCCUGACUGUGAUGUGCCCCACUGAAGAGAUCCGGCAAGAGUUAUGUAACCCAGACCUCUUCCAGAUGUUUCUGAAGAUUAAAAGCUUGCCACUACUCUGGCUGGUGCUCAGAGGCCUUGUCCUUCUGUCAGAGAGACCUGAGACGGCUAGAGAAAUACGGGCCCUGCUGCCAGACGUCAUGGAGACCCUGCAGUUUGGCAAUGCGCACAUCACUCUUAAUGCGCUGACUAUCUUCAGAAACGUGAUGAAUCAUCUGGGGAAGAUGGAGGCGCGUCCCAUUGCUCUGGAGCUGGCUGGCAAGCUCCUGUAUCUUUUUAAUCAUGUGUCGGGUGAAGUACGAGAGUCUUCCAUCCUCCUCUUCAAAGAUGUGAUAGAGGCUGUGGUGUGGUGGCAAAAGGGAAAAAUGAAGAAGAAAGUACGCCGGGGCCUGCUUCCUCUGCUCUUUCGGAACAGCGAUGAGACCUCGAGUGUUGCACAGGCUGCCAGGGAAGCCCUUGUUGCUUGUGCAAGGUUCCUGAAGUGGCAGAAGCUCGAGCACCAGGCUGAGAGGAGGAACGUGGUGGGGAUCACGGAGUGCUUGCUAGAGCAGAAAAGGCAGAUGGUGGCUAAAAACCUACGGCAGAGCCUGCUGUACCUGAAGGAUCCUCAGGCUACUAUUCGACAAGAGGCUCUCUUGUUCAUUGGCUUGGCGUGGAGCUACUGGAACCCAAGUGAGGGAAAGCGGAAGAAAAUCUACAGUGUCCUCCAUUCUUUGGAACAUGACAGUCGUCCGCUAGUCCGUUGUCAAGCAACUCAAUCUGAGAAUCCAGAUUCUGAGAUGUUUACAGCAGCAGAAAAAAUCAGGAUGGGGCAGGCUUGCAGAACUGUGUUGCUAGCCUUGCAGUUCCCUCUUUCCUCAUAAACAUGAUUGAUUAAAGCUUCAAUUACAAAGCCUUUCCCUUGGUAUCCUCCUGUGUUGAGCUUAUGUGCAAGGCUUCUGUAGCAGUGGGCUGGGUGUGGAACCAGCAUGAGGAGAGCUUGGGAGAAGAGCCUUCCCCAGCCAGCUCCAAAUGGGAAUUGCCCCUGGAGGAGCCCAUGUAGAAGCAGCUGGAUCAGGGCUGAAGGAGGCUGCAUCCCAUGCGAAGAACCAUGGUGGUGUAGGCUGUUUCCCUGAGAUUCGUGGUGUCAAGAAUAGACAGAAAUCAGAGGGUUGGCCUGAUGCAAGAGUGCAUCCUCAGCACAUUUGGUGGCCGUAGUCAAUGGGGAAGUGCUGCUAAUUCUCUGGAGGGGUGAGAGGCCUUUCAUGGGGAUACAGGUCCAUUGGAGGGCUAGACGAUCAGCAACAGCAUGCAGUUCCACUAAAGAAAAUAAAGAAGUCUUUAAACUGGCAUACAUCAUUCGUUAGUACCCCAAGGCUUCUCUUCAAGGUCUAUCAAGGGCACUAUUCCCUCUGUGUACAAAGUAAGACUAGCUUCAUGGUAGACACGUAUGUUGCUUUGAGCAGCGUAUCUGCUCAUUUUGCUGGGCCUUCGACAGAUACGAAGUAAGAAAGUAAUUGUUCUCCUAACUUCUUGCAGAGAUGAAGUGCAAAGAUGAAGCAAAGCUCCUGUUUGCUCAGUAGUGCUGUGUGCCUGGGCAUGAGUGCCAUGCGGAGUAAGACAAAUGGGUUUUUAUUUCAAGGGGAAAAAAACAUCUCUUCCUAUACCCUGGAGACCCAGAAAUUCAGAGUGAAAGAUCUUUGAUUUGGGGUUUGCAUUUCAAAACUGGGAGAGAAUGAUUCUCCAAAUCUUCUCUGCUGACAUUUAACUCUUACAAUGAUCAUAAUAUGAAUAUGAAUAAUAACAACGCCACAAAAGCACAGCAAAAACUCUCUUCUCCCUAAAGGUUUGGGGAGAAGAGAGACACCUGAGGAAAUUUCUCGUACGGACUGAGUUGGAACUCUUACGGGAGGAUCCCUGCACACAAGAACAGAGGAAGGAGGGACUGAGUUAGAAUGCCGCAGCACUGGUAAAGGAAGACAAAGCAGGAGAUACUAGAGAACAAGGCAUUUUAGAUGGCACAAGCCACCUACAUGGCAAACGCUCAGGCAUUUGCAUACAGAUGACAUUUGUUUGGCCAUAAAGUAUACAGAGAAAGGAGUUGGUAGGCUGUAGCUGUGACUGCCAGAGCAAAGAAGACUGCCAUCAGAAGUAUACGGAGCUUCACGAUGCACCAAACAAGCAAACACAGGACACUUUGCAUUGAUGGGCAAUAUUUUGAUGAAUUCUCCUUUCCAGGUGGUAACAGAAGUCCUUGCUCUAUGUCUUUGUGCUACAGUCCUUCCUACUACUCAUCCUCAUUUGUUCUUAGCGCACCACUCUGUAAAAUCCUUUGUUCUGUUUGGCACUUUUCCUACCUUAAUGGCACUCUUAAGUUUUCUGUCAUUGCCAAAUCUCAAUAGCGUUACAAGGUUGCUAGCAAAAAUGUCUGGACAAGAGCAGUCCCAAGACCAGAUAUUGAGAACAUUGUCUUCCUUAAGGAUGGUGAUCCGUCAUUAAAUCCGCUGGUUCCCUUUCCCCUCUGUCCGGCUCUUCAGUCAGUCAAGUCUCUUAAGGAUUGCUUGACGAUUUCCCAUACAACCUGUGACAGAUAUCUUGAGGUAAGAUCCUCAAGCAUCACCCGUUUUACCAAGAAAAUACACCAAGGUAAUUUGAUUCAAUCUAUGGACGUUGCCCUGGAUCCAAGAGUUUAUUUGGAUGAAAUGUGUCUUAGAUAUACCGGAAUGGUCAGGUUGUGUGAGCCUGCCUCAAUCAGCUUGCCUCCUUGUUCUGCAUCAUUUUCAAUACAGGGUCCAGAAAACGUGAACUUACACUGCGCUUGUGCUCCAGGGGCCAGUACGAUUGUUAGCUUUGGUUGGUUUCCCUUAUCAAGGACCACACACUGUAGCUCGUUCAAACGAGUGCAAUUGAGUUAAUAUUCAGUGCAAGCAUGUUUUGUUCUCUCUUAGCAAUGCAAUAUGGAUUGCCUUAUUCUCAUCAAAGUGCAACAGGAAUUUCACUGGAUUAUUGCAAAUGGGAAAACAGUGCCAAAGUUGCAUUUUUGAAACUGAGAAGAUGUUAAUUCUAAAAAAACACAGCAAAAGAGUGGAAAAGAGCAUCGGCAAAGCCAAUAUCAUAUCAGGUGGGGGGAAAGAAACACCAACAGCAACAGCAGAAAAAAGAAAGAAGAGGAUGUUCGUCUACUUCAUGUACUUCGGCAAGCAGUGAAAAAGAAGCAGACUACUCAAAGCUGUGGUUAGAGCGAAGUCAGAGGUAAAAAGUGCCAAGCUUCCCCCAAAAGAGAACUUGGACAUUUGCCUCCAUGACUGUGUACGUACCGAGUGAACUACUUGAGACCUCUAUUCAAAUCCCUUAGUUUUUCAUUGCUCCAAAGAAGAAGAGAGCUUCCUGUGAGAAUGUAGCGCUGGUAAGGAAUGUAGAGCUAGUUUUGCUGUGGCGGAUUUAUCUCUGUGUGUGACAUGUGCAUUCCUCUGACAACUGCUGUCAUAUUCACUCAGUUUGAUAGUCAAAAUCCUGCUUUUAUUACUUUGUGCCU